AAGGACCGAUAGGUCUGGCACAAUUUUUUGCGAGGGAGGAAUGGAUCACUCGCCGCCGCCUUGGCUACCCCGCUGACUAUCUUCUGCCUUGCAGCCCUUGUGGAAAUCUCCCGUCUCUUGGAAUCCAGUCCUUUCAACCUACAGAUGCCCGACUGCAAGACAAACCACCACUAUCCACCGGCGAACAUGGGAUAUCCUCCGGCACCGAAACCGAUGUCCUACGUUGUUCAAGCCGUGAACACAAUCCCGGAAAAACCUUACGCGUGCUCGUACUGUACGAAGACGUUCAGCAAUCGCAAUAAUCUCAAGUACCACAUGAGUACUCAUUUGGGGGGCAAGCCAUACAAGUGCAAGAGCUGCGAAUACCGAACAGCUUAUCCCAGUGGAAUUUAUCAACACAACAAAGAAGGAAUGAAUGCAGACCAACAGGCUCUUGCGAGAAGUGUGCGGCCGUGUGACCUUGGUAAAACAAUAUGCGAAUAUUGUCAAAAAGAUUUCGUAUAUCCAGCGCGACUGUUGCGCCACAGGCGAGUUCACACGGGCGAGAGACCGUUCAAGUGUGAGAGCUGUCAAAAGUCCUUCACGCAGAAAGUUCACUUGAAACUCCAUACAAGAACCCACACGGGAGAAAAACCCUUCAAAUGCGAUCAGUGUUCAUACGCGGCGAGUGAUAUCUCUUCCCUGAAGAAACAUGCGGCUAAGCACGCUCAGAAAACGACAACGCCGAGCCAGUAGAGAAGUCGAAAUCGAAAUCGAUGUACCGCGAAGAACUUCAGGAGUUGCUGGUCUGAUAGAACCCGAUAAGUGAUAUGUGACAAUUAUCCACCAUUUUUU